GUGAACUGUUGUCGUUCCUUGAGAAAUAGAUCUAGUAGCAAUUAAUUUAUAAAGAAGGGAAUUAAGGAUGAGUAGAGGAGGCAGCUAUGGCGGUGGUCAGAGUUCUUUAGGUUACCUGUUUGGAUCGGAUGAGCAGGCAAAUGGAUCUCCAGUUGUGCAGCCGGUUGCUUACCUUCCCCCAUAUGGUAUUGAUGAUCAUACCAACACAUACACUGAUCAGAAGCCCCCACAAAAUCCUUCUAAAAACACAAAUCCUUCAAAUAAUUAUCCUAGAACUCAAGGCCAGAACUCAGGCAACUUCAUUACAGAUCGACCCACAACGAAGGUGAAAUCAGUUCCUGGUGGAGGUUCAUCUCUUGGUUACCUGUUUGGAGAUAAGUGAUUUUUCUCUUCGAAGUUACGCCAGCUACCUCAGCUCAUUGGGUAGGGAAUUAUGUGUAUUUUCUGUGGGUGUUUAUAUUAAUAUCAAUACAUGCAUGCCAAAUGAUAAGGGACUUCUCCUCAUGGCAGUGUUGGGUUUGCAAUGGAUUACUUAUAUCUAGCUAUAUAAUUACAAGAUAUACAGUGUGUGUGUGUGUGUGUGUGUAAGUUUGAUAUUUUCAUAUAUCUUUGCAUAUAUGUAUUGUCGAUGAAUUAUAUAAA